AUGGCUUCCGAUGGCAACCGAACCGCGUUGGUCACCGGAGGUGCAUCCGGCCUGGGCCUUACUGUCGUAAAGCAUUUAUUGCAGCAUCAGUGGAAUGUAACCAUCUUCGACUUUGAUGCCACCGCGGGGAAACGGGAGGCCACUCGGCUCGGAGAGAAAGUGCUGUUCAUCCAGGGCGACGUGACAGACUACCAGAGCCAGGCAAGGGCCUUCCGCGACACGUUUGAGAAAUGGGGUCGAAUCGACUUAGUCUUUGCCAACGCGGGCAUAUCGGAACGGGAAGAAUUCGCAUCAGCAGCAGCACAACCAGAGGCGACUGAAUCGACUACGCCCGAUACAUCUGUGAUUGACGUUUGUCUCGUAGGGGUUGCAUACUCCGCAAAGCUAGCGCUACAAUACUUCCGGAAAAGGCCUUCGAGUUAUGGAAGGCUCGUGGUCACCAGUAUCCAAGCAGGCAUAUACUCCUCCGACACACACCCGCUGUACAGCGCGGCGAAAUUUGGGGCCGUUGCACUUGUUCGAGGAUUGUCCAAGAGACUGCGGAAAUCUGGCGAAAACAUCUCCGCCAAUGUGAUAUGCCCCGGGCUCGUGGAUACUGCAAUGACUGCAGGACCAUUCAUCGACAACGCUCCAGCGGAGAUGAUUGUUCCUCCCUCGUUGGUUGUGCAGGUCAUCCAAAGCUUUCUUGACGACGAGUCCAUCACUGGCCAAGCCGUGGAGAUAAGUGGCAGCGAGCUCAUCUACCGGACGGAUCCCGAGUACGCGAAUGCUGCCGCUGAAUACGUGCUGGGAGGUGGUUACAGCAAAGACACUUCUCCAGAAGACCUCAUCAAGUUCAGUCAAAGGUCGGCACAGCCCAGGGCAUGA